AUGCAAGAUCGCAUACCAGACAAAGGUAUAGAAGAUUACAUCAAGUCUAUUCCAGAUAACAGGAAGAAAGAGUCUCCAAUAAAGUUGGAGAGAGUCGACCAUCCAGACGAUUCGUUUAGAAGGGACGAGAAUGCUGAUUUAUCCUUAGUAAUGGAUUCAAAACCUAAGAGAAAUAUUAAAUUUACAGAGGAGAUAACUACUACUAAAAAGGUGAUUGUAACAAGUUCUGGCCCAGCAUAUGGUAUUAAGAAAAGGCCAGGUAAAGGAGAUGAAGAGUAUAUAAUUGCUGACAGAUGCUACGAUCUUGAAAAGGAAAAUCUGACUUUAAAGGAGAAGGAAAAUCUCUUAGAGCGAGAAAUUCUUAAGUAAAUAAAAUACUUUUCAACCCAUUACUUUAGAAUGUAAACUAAGUUAAGAAGAAUUGAAGAAUUGACAAAGUCAAAGAACACAUUUUCUGAUAAAGAUUUUGCUAGAAUUUAAAAAGAAUUGGAGGAUUAGUAUUCAGAAAUUUUAGAUGAGAACAGUGUCCUAGCGGAUAGAAUCAGAAAACUCAAAAUCAUUCACGUGGGACUAAAAAAUAAGAAGAUUGGGGCAAAGCAAAUCACUACACAUCACACCUACUAUAAUGUCACAAAGAGAAAGACUAGUCAUACAAGAGCUAGAGCAUAGCCAACUCAGUAAAAUCAUGCCCUGUUGGAAGAACUUAAGAUUCAAAUGGUUAAAAAUGAGAAGGAAAUCCUCAAACUUACUUCUGAGAAGGAUAAGUAUAUCAAUAUGACUACUGGGAGAGUUACUACUGAUGAGCUUUUAAGAAAAAUAAGAGAAAGAGAGGAAGAAGUUCAUGAUAUUAGCCGCGAAUUUGAUGAGAUGAACAGGAAGUUUAUACAUAAGGAAACUCUUUUUAAGGAAUCAAAAGCAUACAUUGACUAAAUUCUCAAUGAAAUCGGUAUCCAGAAAAAGCUAAAUUAAGAGCUCAGUAUGAAGAACAAUAGAGUUUAAAUCUAAGCUUCCUAAGCAAGGUCACUUAAAGAAUAACUAGAUGAUUUGCUUUAAGAAAAGAAGGAAACGGAAGAUCAAAUCAGAAGAAUUACUUCUGAGCCAUUCCUUAACAGAGAAAAAGGUUAAUCAGUACUUAAGAGGCAGGCUGAACUUCGUGAUAAAAUUGCUGAGAAAGAAAAAAUCUUAAAAGCCAGACGUGAAGAGGAGUAUAAAAGAAAGAAGGAUUUAGAAGAGCUGAGACCGAAUGUUGAGAAACUGAGAGGAGAAAAGGAAUAUCUUGAGAAGGAGAGUAAGAGGCUUAAGGAGAAAUAUAAGGAUAGCAACACUGAUGAAUACAACGUCUACUCAACAUUAUUCAAGCUAGAUCCUAAGAAGUACGCUGAGACUAUUAAAGAUUUUACUGGCAAGCCUGAAUAAUAUCCAAUUUGGAAAGAUAUGCAGUUCUUGGAGAGGCCAAACGAGCACAUAGAUAUAAAAAAUGCAAAAGAAAUGAAGCUGGAGAUCGCUAAACUUAGACACGAAAACAAAGAUUUCGCUGCUGAACUAGAAAAAGCCUAGCAUCUGUUCAAACUGCAAAAAGAUAUUUAAAAGGACAACUAGAUAUAUUUUGAGCAAGAGAGAGAUAGAUUAAUAUUCAUGCUUACUUCAACUCAAGCCAAAUCAGAGGAACUUGCAAGAAAAGCUGAUGAAAAGAGAGACUAAAUAGAGUAAGUCCAGAAGAAAAUGGGACUCACUCAAUCAAGAUCACCAUCACCAAUUAAAGGGGCAGAUACUUUCAAGAAUAAAACAGAUUAAUAUGAGACUUAAAGUGAAUUUUCUGUCAUGACAAAUGAAUCAGAGAUUAAAAACACUGAGAACAUUCUUGAUUUUGUGGUAUAAGAUGCAGAGUACAACUAUGAAGCCUUCAGAUAGGUUUUAGAUGAUAAGGAAAUGAUGCUUCUUUAAAAGACAUUAAUUACUUUUGUUACUGUGGACUUUUACAAUCAUGAUACUGAGACUUCGUAAAUUGCUGAGGGAUAUAGACCAAUAUACAAUACUCAAUUCUCCUUCAAAAAUAAGAUAGAUGAUUUCUAUGUCCAAUUCCUACAAAAGAAUAUCAUCAAGGUUGACGUCUAUAUUUCCAAGAAUAAUGCAGCUAUUCAUCUUGGUAGAGCUGAGAUACAUCUUAGAGAACUAAUUGAAAGAGAAAAUAUAAUGUAGGAGCUUUCAAUGAAACCUCCCGUCAUUCAAUAAAGAGUAAGAAUUUUCCCAGCCAGUGGAAUGUCAGAGUAACCGAUUGGAAAUCUUAAAAUCAAGAUGAGAAUGAGAAAGCAUUUAUCAGAGAUAGUUAGACAUUUCAGAACUUAAUUAGACGUGUAAAAUGAGCUAGCUGGCUAAGAUACAUUACUACAGAGUGGAGUAGACAUGAGAAACAGAAAGAAACUGAUAACAAUUCAAAUUGUAAAGUGCGAGAAUCUUAGAGUUAAAUACAGUAAUAUUGCUUAGAUCUAGCCUUUCUUCUAUUAUCAGUUCUACAAUUAAGAUGAAAGAUAUUCAAUGACAGGAGCUGGAAAAGACCCCAAUUAUGAAGAUACUUAAAAUUAUGAAGUUUAAUUCGAUGCAAAGCUCAUUUAGUACCUUCAAAAAGAAGAACUUGAAGUUAUACUCUUCGAUGAUGCUGCUCCUGUAACUGGAGUAGAGAGAGGAGGAAAAGCAUUUGGAGAGGGUGAGUAAGUUGAUGACAUGAUAGGUUCUUGCAAGAUUCCUUUAGGAGAUUUGGUUAAGGGAAGUAGCAUUAAUGACAAGUUUUCAAUUAGAAACCUUAAGAAAGAAGAAGUAGGAAAACUCAUAGCUAAAAUUUCGAUUAUAGAUAUUGAUGCUGGAUUUGCCACAUUAGCCUCAAAGUAACUUUAACAACAGGCUGCGAAUCUACAUUACAAUAAACUAUGGGAAAAUGAGUUUGUUUACAGAAUUGCUAAGAAAAUCGCUAAAUUCCCGGGAGAUCUUGAAUUACUCUUCGGAAUUUUCACUAGAGGACAAAAAAAUGUCACUAAAGAGGAUUUUAAGUACACCUGCUUGAAGAGACUAAACCUUAAAAAUGAUAUAUCAGAGAGGGAAAUUGAUAUGUUCUUAAGAGGAAAUCAAUAUUUAGUAGAUAAAAAUCUAGUUGAAUUAGAUGACUUCGUUUAAAUUUUUACAGAGGCCAUCACAAGAGCAAGAUCAGACUUCUAAAAUGAGAUAGCUAUUUAAUAAUCAGCAAUAAGAUAAUAUGAGCAAAGGCCCUCAUAAACUGGUCCUAACAGAACUUUUAUGGGCGGGGUUGGUGAUGUAGAUCCUUUUUCAUCAUAAAAUACUCUAUCGAAAGAUCAAUUAGAGAGAAGUAGGACUUCCUUACACUUCUCUGAGCAAGAGAUAUUAGAAAUUUUAGCUAGGACUAGAUUUGGGAAUACUACUAUGAUGAGAAAUAACAUUUCAAAUUUUGCAAAGAAUAACUAUAUUGCCGCUUUGGAUUUGAUCAGAAUCUUAGCCUAAGAUGGAAACUUAGGAGAUUUUGAUGCAAAGAGAGUAGUAAAUGCUAUUGAGUAAUAGGGGGCAGUCUCAGUAUCUUUAUUUGAGGAUUUAUUAAGCAGAGCUCUCCAACAAAUUUACUCUAACUCUGAAGUCUUCAAGAGAUUCUUAGCUUUAGUGUAAACUGAUAGAGUAGAAUAUCUUAUGCAGUAGUUUAAAGACAGAGAUUUUAACAAAGAUGGCAAUCUAGACAAAAAUGGAUUUUCAGCUACGCUAUUAAACCAUUAAUUUGGAUUUAAACCAGAUGAAUGCAUCGAGCUUUUCUCAAUAGUGCAGAGAGAGAAUGUUUUCCACUACAGAGAUUUUAUAGCAUAAUACAAUCCAUCCUAUAAAUUUAGAAUAUCUAGGACAACAACACCAGGGAUAAUUAGAACUGACACUCCUUUGACAACUGGUCUUUAAAAUAAUCCCUCAGGUUAUAUGAAUGAAAGUAUAUCAGAAGCAAAUACUAUUUCAAUGCAAAACUUAGCAAUGAAUGAGGAUCCAAAUCUAAGUAAACUAUUCAUCAUUAAAUAACAUAUUAUAGGAAUUAUCAAGAACAAGCUGAAGAAUUAUAUACAGCAGUAAGACUUUACGUUAAACUCAUUGUUCCAAAUCAUUGAUACGAACUCAGACAUGAAUUUAACUAUGAAUGAAUUUAUCCAGAAACUAAAAGCUAUUCGGAUUGAUCUAGAGGAUAUUCAGCUUCAAAACUUGUUCUAAAUCCUUGAUAAAACAAACAAGGGAAGUAUCUCUUUCAAACAGUUCCUAAAUGCAUUCCCUGAAAUCAACAUUGAGGCUAUUCUCAGAAAGAUUAAAAGAAUCAUAAGCUCAACAGGAUUUACCUAUGAUUAAACUUUUAACUAAUAUGUUGCUAACAAAGUACACGGUCUCAUGUCGCUUGCUGAAUUCAAAAACUUUAUCAGGAAAUACAUCCCUAAAAUAACUGAAGAUGAAAUCGCAUAAUUAUUCUCUCAUUUCGGUUAAGGCAAAGAUCAAUUGACAUUGGAUGAUUUUAAGGCUGGAUUUGGUAAAGAAGUCAGGGACUAAGUCUUUAAGAUUAACAUCGAAGAUAUUAUCAAGCCUCUCGCUACUAGAGCCUUUAAAUAUGGAGUCAAUAUUAACGAAUUAUUUGUUAAGUAUGAUGAGAAUAAGAACUAGAGACUAUCUGCAGAGGAGCUUGCAACUGCUCUCAGAAAAGAUUUCAGCUAUAUCAUGAUGGAUGAUGAGAUCUAAACUAUCAAGGAAUACUUCUUGAACAAAUUUAAGUCUUAUGAGAUUUUUAAAUAAGACUUCUUUGAUCUAUUAAGUACUAAGUUCGACAAUACCUCUGAUUAAACUGAGGCAACUGAAUCUAUGAAGUUAUUAAGGAUCAAGUUUGCUCAGAUUACAAAUAAAACUCCUUCAUAACUGCUUAAUUAAUUUAACUUUGAGAAAGCUCAGAGUUUAACACUAAGAAAUUUCAAAGUAGCUAUAAACUCAAUCAAAGCCUUAUCUGAUAGCCAAUUGAACAAUCUAGCGAAGUUCCUUGACAGGAAUGGAGAAGGCUAUAUUAGCAUAGCUGAAUUUGAAAGACAAAUUAAUGCGAUUCCUCUACCCCUUAACUCUUCUUCAUCUUUUGACAAGUCAACUGGCAGAAGAAAUCAAAGAUGGAAAGACCAAGAUUUAAAAAAACAUUGA